AAAACCUGCGAUUGGAUGAAGAGGCAGAGGAGGACCAACCAGAAGCGAAAUGUAGAGAUUAACCUGCCUGUGCACGACGGGUUAAGGAAGGGAGCCUCGGAGAGGAUAGCCAUGAAGUGGAUACGGUUCUCGCUCCUGGUUUUGGGGGUGUUUUCCCUCUGCUGUGCCACGGCUGGUGACAGCAGCGGCAUAAAGAAAAUGAAGAUGCAGUUUGCCGCGGGACCUCUUCUCAAGUUUCAAAUCUGCAUUUCCUGAGGAUACAAGCGGGUGUUUGAGGAGUACACGCAGGCUUUGUACCAGCGGUACCCAGACAUCCGCAUUGAAGGGGAGAACUAUCUUCCUAUUCCCAUCUAUCGACACAUUGCUUCCUUCCUGUCUGUGUUCAAACUGCUGGUGAUUGGGCUGAUUAUCAUCGGCAGGGACCCGUUCGCUCUCUUUGGUAUGCAAGCCCCCGGAAUGUGGGAAUGGGGCCAAGGAAAUAAGAUUUAUGCCUGCAUGAUGGUGUUCUUCCUCAGCAACAUGAUUGAAAACCAGUUAAUGUCAACAGGAGCGUUUGAAAUCACAUUAAAUGAUGUACCAGUGUGGUCCAAAUUGGAGUCAGGUCACCUGCCCUCCAUGCAGCAGCUUGUGCAAAUCCUGGAUAAUGAAAUGAAGAUGAACGUUCACAUGAACACAAGGCACCACCACCAUUCAUAACCUUACUGUUCAAUUCCUAGCUGGAGCUAAAAGCCCCUCCAUGUUUGAGGUGGGUUUCUCACUGGGCUGUGAGGUGAUGUUUAUGAACGUCUGCGCUGAAGGCAGGAACACUGCUAGCACAGACUGGAUGUCCCCAUCACUCUUCACUGCACCCCUUAGAGAUGACCCGCCCCUGACGCCAGAGUGGGAUCCAUGGCAACAGUGCUGGCCAUUUUGUCAUUUUCUUGUACUAUUCAUACUACUACAGAGUUCAUCCAGGUGAUAUCAGUGA